GCCUGCCCCCUGCUAGUAAGCACACCAGUGCACUCUUUGAACUCUGUUUAGACAAGUUUGGCUUGUGUUAUAGCUAGCUGAAAUGGAGGCGAGAAAGGACAGAUAGUUGACAGAUGAACAACAACUUGGAUGUAUCUCACGCAUUUCUAUAACACGAUGUACGAUGUUUAGCAAUAGUGCCAAAAUGUCAGUCUAGUCUAGAUCAUAGAAACGCUACGUGGAUUCUUGUACGGUAAACCGGGAUUUCUGAUUGAGCGUGUUGGCUAACACGGCUUUAGAAACAGCGAAAAUGAAUAACAUAUCGUUUGACGAUCCCUCGUUGGAUAAUUUGGAUCCAAGUCUAUCACUGCAUGACCCCAGUGAUAUUGACACUGCUCUACUGAACGACAUAGAUGAUAUGCUCCAGCUCAUCAACAACCAGGACAUGGAGUUCGGGAGCCUGUUCGACAAUACCCAGUUUGGCUCCGGAGCCCCUCUGGCCCCCGACCCACAGCCGAUGACCCUGGGCAGCACGGCUCCGUCGGCCCUCGCCCCCACCUCUUCCACGUCCGUUCCCCUGUCCUCCUCUUCCCCCAUCACCACCACCACCACCUCCUCCAUCCUGAGCAGCAGUCCACACCUGGACGCCCUGCUGGGGCCCCCUAUCUCCCGCAGUUCCUCCACGCCUGACAAGUUCUUCCAGCCCUCCACCUUCCAGCAGUCCCCGCUGGCCCAGGUGUCCUCCACCCCCCCGGCCUCCACCACGCGCCCCAAGCUGGCCCCCGCAACCGCCACUCCUCCUCAGGUCAAGCCCGUCAGCACGCCCCCGACCCCGGUGCCCGUGUCCGUGCCCUCGCCCGGUCCCCUGCACUCGGUGAAGACAUCGGCCUACAGCCCCCCCAACCCUCAGGCCCUCUUCAGCUCGCCCUCCCCCUCCACUCCCCAGCAGCAGCAGCCUCAGCCACAGCCACCGCCACAGCAGCAGCUGGUCUACCCUGGCCAGACCACGUACACAGCUCCUGUAGCUGUGAACCAGGGCAGCCCCUCCCAGGUGGUCUCCACCGCGGCCCUGUCCUCCUCUCCGCCGAGCAUCCAGCCGGUGACCAUCCAGGCCCAGGUGCAGAGCCUGCCCAGCUCCCCCAUGCUUACCACCAUGGCCUCCAGCCCUCCCACGCACACGCACACGCACACCAUCUCCCCACACGUGCAGCAGGUCCCCGUGCUGCUGCAGCCCCAGUUCAUCAAAGCUGAGUCUCUCCUGCUCACCACCCUCAAGCCAGACGCCUCCGGCACCAUGGUAACCACCGUGGCCACGCCCUGCACCUCCCUGAUGACAUCCACCACCGCUCCAGUCCAGAGCACCUCGCUACAGGCUCUGAUGAGCGGAGGCACCAUCCUGACCACGGUGCCCGUGAUGGUGGACACGGAGAAGCUGCCCAUCAACCGCAUCGCCAUCAGCAGCAAGCCGGGCGGCCAGCCCCACAAAGGCGAGAAGAGGACCGCCCACAACGCCAUCGAGAAGCGCUACCGCUCCUCAAUCAACGACAAGAUCAUCGAGCUCAAGGACCUGGUGGCCGGGACCGAGGCCAAGCUGAACAAGUCUGCGGUGCUGCGCAAGGCCAUCGACUACAUCCGCUACCUGCAGCAGUCAAACCAGAAGCUCAAGCAGGAGAACAUGGCCCUCAAGAUGGUCACCCAGAAGAACAAGUCGCUGAAGGACCUGGUUGCCAUGGAGGUGGACGGGCAGAAGGUGGAGGUGAAGAACGAGCUGCCCACCCCCCCUCCCUCGGUGACCGACUCCCCGGAGAACAGCCCCUUCUCCCACUGCGGCAGCGACUCCGAGCCAGACUCCCCCAUGGUGGAGGACAGCAAGAUGGAGCAUACUGCAGGCAGCAGUGUAGGGAUGCUGGACCGCGCCCGUAUGGCCCUAUGUGUCUUCACCUUCCUCUUCCUGUCGUUUAACCCCCUCUCCGCCCUGCUGUGCGGCUCUGAUGCCACUGCCUCCUCCUCCUCCUCCUCCUCCUCCUCCUCCUCCUCCUCAGCCGCCGCCGCCUCCAGUGGGGGCCAUGGCUCUAGCAGGAGCAUGCUGGAGGUGGAGAAUGCAGCGGACUCCCAGGGCUGGCUGGACUGGAUGCUGCCUACUCUACUGGUGUGGAUGUUGAACGGGGUGCUGGUGGUGGGGGUGCUGGUGCGGCUGCUGGUGUACGGGGAGCCCGUCACCAGGCCCCACUCCGGCUCAUCAGUGCUCUUCUGGAGACACCGCAAGCAGGCAGACCUGGACCUCGCACGGGGUGAUUUUGCCAAUGCGUCUGGUAACCUGUGGACGUGUCUGAAGGCGCUGGGCCGCCCCUUGCCUGUGUCCCAGUUGGACCGCGUGUGCUCCGCCCUCUGGGCGUGCCUGCGGCUGUGUCUGCAGAGGGUGUGGGUGGGCCGCUGGCUGGCUUCCCGGGCCGGGGGACGCCUCCACCCCAGGCGCCAGGACCGCCCCCUGCAGGACGACGCGCGCAAGAGCAGCCGCGACGCCGCGCUGGUCUACCACCGCCUGCACCAGCUCCACAUGACCGGUAAGCUGUGUGGUAGUCACCUGGAGGCCAUCCACAUGUCCCUGAGUGCCGUGAACCUGGCCGAGUGUGCCGGAGACUGCCUGCCCGUCGCCACCCUCGCCGAGAUCUAUGUCUCCGCCGCCCUCCGCGUCAAGGCCAGCCUGCCCAAAAUCCUGCACUUCACCUCCCGUGUGUUCCUGAGCAGUGCUCGCCAGGCGUGCCUGUCCCCCAGUGGCAGCGUGCCUCCGGCCAUGCAGUGGCUCUGCCACCCCCUGGGCCACCGCUUCUUCGUGGACGGGGACUGGACCGUACGCAGCUCCCCCCGCGAGAGCAUCUACAGCCAGGCCGGAAACGCAGUGGACCCCUUGGCCCAGGUGACUCAGGCCUUUAGGGAGCACCUGCUGGAGAAGGCUCUGUACUGUGUGGCCCAGCCCCGCGGAGAGAAGCCCCCCAACAAUAACAACAACGAGGAAGAGGGUGAGUACUCUGAUGCACUGGAGUAUCUGCAGCUGCUGACCAGUGCGUCCGACGCAGCCGGGGCCACCACCCAGUGCUUCGCCAUCGGCUCCAACAUGGCCACCGUCACCGGCUGUGAUCCCCACUCCAAGUGGUGGUCGUCCCUGUUCAUCGUCUUCAUCAACUGGCUGCAGGGCGACGACGCUGCGGCCGAGAGGCUUUACCCAGGAGUGGAGCACCUGCCCCGCAGCCUGCAGGCCGCAGAGAGUCCCCUGCCCAAGGCUGCCCUCAGUGUCUUCCGUGCGGUGCGCGCCCUGCUGGCCAGACCAGAGAACUACCAGUUGAGUCUGAGCUGCUGUGAGAAGGCCAGUGGGCUGCUGCGAGACAGCCUCAACCUGGGACCGCACUGCCACUGCAACACCCUAGACAAGGUGGUGCAGCUGCUGCUGUGUGACCUGCUGCUGGUGACGCGCACCAACGUGUGGAGGGCUCUGCAGAGCCAGGGGCCCCCGGCGGCCGGCUCCCCCAGCGGGGCCCCCUCCCAGCCGGCCUCCCCCGCAGAGCUGCAGGGCUUCCAGCAGGACCUCAGCUCCCUGCGCAAGCUCGCACAGAGCUUCCGGCCCGCCAUGCGCAGGUUGUUUCUGCAUGAGGCCACAGCGCGGCUGAUGGCGGGGGCCAGCCCCACUCGCACUCACCAGCUUCUGGACCGCAGCCUGCGCAGACGCACCACUCCUGGAGCCAAGACAGAAGAGUGCGAGAUGCGGCCGGGCCAGCGUGAGCAGGCGGAGGCGGUGAUGUUGGCGUGCCGCUACCUGCCGCCCUCCUUCCUGUCGGCGCCGGGGCAGCGCGUGGGCAUGCUGGCGGACGCGGCCCGCACCCUGGAGAAGCUGGGGGACAAGCGCACGCUGCAUGACUGCCAGCAGAUGAUCAUCAAGCUGGGCAGCGGCACCACCGUCACCUCCACCUAGACGGCCACCCCCAGCUAGAGCUCCAGCUACUGUAGCAGGAGCCGCUGGCUGUGGAGCUCCAGCAGCAGAACUCUUUUUGUUUGUGUGCGUGUGUGAGUCUGUUCAUGGCGUGCACAAACCGAUAUCUUUUCAGAAAACUUUAAUCUUUUCCUCCUCUCAUCCAGGCAAAUGCCACACAGUACAAACACACACAAGGUACACCGUUAGAAAACACACACGCACACGCACACAGAGACUCACAGUCCCUCUGUGACCGUUGUCCCAGGCUUUUUGUUUAGUCUCCCAUCAUCCUUUGCUGUGCUGUGCCACUGUCAGGUGGCCACAUACACGAGGUAGUGACUGAAUGAUGGUGUGUCACCCAGUCUGUACGUUGUCAUGGCGGUACCAGAACCCACGUCUACUCUCCCCUCAGACACCUCACAAGACUGGCCAGCCCCUUUCAGACCAGACAUCCAGAAAGAAUGUCAUCCCAGUAUGAUGAUAAUAUUAUUAUAAUAAUAAUAUUUAAAAAUAAAAGUGUUUGCAAUUUUUUUAUAUGAGAUGACUUGUAUGUGUUAUUGUAUUUAUUGUAUUUCCUCCCCUUUAAAAAAAAACGGUUGAUUUUGAUUUGUUUGUUAUUUUUCCCCCUAUGCCUCGCUGGUGAGAGUUACCCUGUAGUGACACACUAUGUCCUCUGGGUGGUGUAGUGAUGACUGGAUUGCAGUUGUGCAGAGGAGUUUUAAGAUCUUCUUUUGUCAUUUAAUUUCUCGAUGUUCUCUGCAAGGGGCUGGAUCAGAUUUGCCCCCCACCCUCCAUACUCGUUUGGCAAGAAUAUUGAUAUACAGUUCAUGAACGUAUAUAUGCACAUUUUUCUGCAGUUUAUCUGUCCUCUCUCUGGUCUGUUUCAUUCGCUUGUUUUGCUUGUGUACCUGCAUGAUGGCAGGUCAGCAGUUUUAGAUUAUAAGUAUAAAAUAAUCAUUUAGUGUUUGUACAGGAUGAUUUGUUUUGAGGCGCUUAUGCACUAUCCCCUUGCCAGAAUGAGCUUGUUUUGACGUCUUGACUUGCUUUAUGUUCCUCCUCUCUCUUUGCAAUUGACCUUAUUUGUGUUUCUGUUUUCUUUUGUACAUAUUUUAAAAGUGUAUUUAUGAGGUUGCGUUGAAAAAAGAGGAUUUGAAUCAUCAGUAUUUCACAUCGUAAGCGAAGUUGUCUGCACGUUUCCCCGUCAUGAGAGUUUGUGCCUAGGAGAUAGGUUGUCAACAUCGCUGAUGUGUUUUAGAACGAUUUGAAUCCGGUUUGAGUAUUUCAUUUUUGCACUAAAGUUUGAUGAGAACCAACAGCUAGUGUCUUCGUAGUGGCAUCUAAAGAGGUAACUGUUAAAUACCUCUGCCUGUUGCAGGAUGUCCAGGGUAUAGCUGUUCAGGUUGCCCCCUACCCCCACCCUCCAGUUUGUCCUAACUAGACAAAUCCAUGAUUUGUACAUUUUGUCAUCAAUUAUAUCAUGAUAAAUCAUGAUUUAAUGAAAAGUCAUGAUGUAUCCAAAGACCGUUUCAACACAGAGUUUGGGGACAGAAUCCAGAUGGUCACGAGUAUCUCAAAUCAGCGCUUUGUCCAUAGGCCUGCUCAUGCUGAAAAGUUAGCCGUUUCCUCAGUCUCAGAUAUACACUAUACUCUGUACGUUUCCAGCUUGUGCUAACUUUUUUGUUUGCUCGAAUAUCAACUGGAACUAUUUACAGUGUACCGUUCAUUCCCCUCUAUUGGUUUUAUUCUUCAGAAUGUAAAUAAAAUUCUGUUUUUGUAACUAA